CACCCGCAAUACGUCCUGGCUGUGGCGCUGGUGCUGUGCCUGGCUGCCGCUCCGUGGUCGGCCCAGGCAGCAAAGGGCUAUUUUUCUGCUGCAGACGCAACCGCUCUGCAGUCGUCGGCUGCCGCCGUCCUCACCGACAGCUCGGCCGCUGUGGAGGAUGUGGCCGCUGCCGUCAAGGUUCUGACUGCUGUGGGUGCUCAGCUGCCUCACGGCGUCUGUGCCGCCCUCAACAAGGCUGCGGCUGGCGCUCAGAAGCCGGUCCUCGUGGCGGCUGCCGUCAAGGCCCGCGCUGCCGCCAGCUGCACCCCGCUCGCCUCGGACGCUGAACUCGCUCUCCUCACUGAUGCUGCCGAUGCGGAUAACGCUGUCGAUCUGGCAGCGGGCAUUGACGGGCUGAUGGCGGCGGGCAAGUCGGUGCCAGCCGGUGCCCUUGACGCGCUGCUCGAGUUUGCCGACGAGGACGCCACCUUCCGGGCGGCGGCCGACGACGAGUACGGCUCGAUUGCAGUGGCUGGCAAGGUUCUGCCGGUGGUGGCUGCGGCGCUGGACGCCGGCGUCGAGGCCGACGCCGACGCGCUCGACGGCCUGGCCUCGGGCCUCGAGGACCUGAUGGCACUCGCCGAGAGCUCGGCUGACGGCCAGCUGCUCUCGUUCUACGACUCGCAGGCGCCGUCUGUGGACCCGCUGGUGACGACCGGUGGCGUGCUCGGCUCGCUGGAGGCGCUCACGGCUGCGCUCAAGACCCCGGUCCCGCUGUCGAAGGCGCAGGUUGCAGCGCUCUCGCGGUAUGUGCUGGCGCGCAAGGGCGUGUCGGCUCCGGAGCUCGGUGCGUCGCUCCUCGACGCGCUUGCCUUUGUGCAGUCCAACUCGGUCGGUCUUCCGCUCGUCAUCUCGGUUGUCCGCUCCUCGGUGGAGCUCUCGGCCAAGGGUGCCGAGGCCGCCGUGGUGGUGGCGGUGACCGAUGUCCGCGGCAACGCAGUGACCGGUGCCAGCGUGGUGCUCCAGUCUGCACGCGCGGCGGCUGAGCCGGACACGGUCCUCUUUGCCAACCAGGAGCUCGAGCCUGCGGCCGGCGUCACCGGUGGCUUUGCCUUUCCGCUCCUGCAGGCUAAGCCUGCACCCGGGUACUACAUGCUUGAGUUUUCUGCGAGCGCCGGCGCCAAGACGCUGCCUGCGACUACGGUGAUCGACGCCAAGGUGGUGACCGAUGCCGAGGUCAAGACCUGCUCGCUGGCACUGGUGCAGGACGAUGUCGGCGGCUCGGAGAAGGUCAAGUACCCGUGCGCGGCCGGCAAGAAGGUGCCUGACGUCAUUGCCGCCGACUCGUUCCACGAGCUCGACCUCGCCCUCGCCAUCCGCUCGUCAGUCUCCAAGCGCCCGCUCACCCCACACCAGGUCUUCCUCCGGUUUGUCAACGAGGCCACCGGCGUCGACACCGUCUUUGUGGUGCCGGCCAAUGAGGCCGAGACCGGCCACAAGCUGACGGUUGCCUUUGGCGCCGCCGCGCCCGAGUUUGGCUCGCUCUCUGGCCGCUACACCGCCCAGAUCGUCAUCGGCGACGCCUUCCUCACCCAGGCCAUUGUCUGGGAGCUGGCCACCUUUGACCUGUACUUUGGCGCCGACGCCCCCGUGGCAGCUGCGGCCUCCUCGGGCGCCCUCCCGGACAUUGUCCACCAGUUCCGCCAACCCGAGGCCCGCCCGCCGGCCGCCAUCUCGAUGGCAUUUACCGCCGCCACCCUCGCACCGCUCCUGGUUCUCGGAUUCCUUCUCCUCCGGGCCGGCGCGAACAUUGCCAACUUCCCCACCAGCCAGCCGCUCAUGAUCCACGCCGUGGCCUUCCACGCCACCAUCGGCGGCAUCGUCCUCCUCUACGUCACCUACUGGCUCCAGCUCACCAUGUUCCAGACCCUCGGCUACCUCGCCAUCCUCGGCACCGCUGCUCUCUUCUUUGGCAAGGCCCUCCUCUCCAACCACACCGCCUUCCGCCUCACCGGGCCCAAGCUGCACUCUGAGUAA